GCGGGGCCGGGCGGGCCGGGCCGGUGGGAGCCGAGGACAAAGGUGACCGUGCGGGAGCGGUGCCCCAAAGCCCCCUCGCCCCAUCCGACCCCGCAUCGAGCGCUCUCACGGCCACCACGGCCACGCCCGUGUCGUUGAUGCUGGUGACCGCCGCAGACCGGAGGUAAAGUCCAGGGCGCGGAGCCAUGAAGCUGAACGAGCGGAGCUUGGCCUUCUACGCCACCUGCGACUCCCCGGCCGACAACGCCGGGUUCCUGUACAAGCGCGGCGAGCGGCACACGGCCUAUCACCGCCGCUGGUUCGUGCUCAAGGGCAACAUGCUCUUCUACUUCGAGGAGAGGGACAGCCGGGAGCCCGUGGGCGUCAUCGUGCUGGAGGGAUGCAACGUGGAGCUCUGCGAUGCAGCCGAGAGCUUCACCUUCGCCAUCCGCUUUGGCGGUGCCAAGUCCCGCACCUACGUGCUGGCGGCGGAGAACCAGGCGGCCAUGGAGUCGUGGGUGAAGUCGCUGUCCCGAGCCAGCUUUGACUACAUGCGGCUGGUGGUGCGGGAGCUGGAGAAGCAGCUUCAGGAGAUGAGCCGGGGGCUGGCCGGAGGAUGUGCGGGCACCCAGGAACCUCCCGGCCUCUGGAAGCCGAAGCCGUCGGGGCUGGAGCAUUGGCCGGAGCGGCUGCCGGCUCUGCCCGCCAUCCCGAAGGAGAACGGCUGUGCGGUGUGGAACAACGUGCUGGCAGCGGAGCGGCUGCCCGACACCUCUGGGUGUGCUGGGCACGAUGAGGAGGAGAACCCGCGGCCGCCGCCGCUGCCGCCGCGCAGGCGGGUGUCGAGCGGGGAGGCAGCGAGCGCCGUGGGGCAGAGCCCGUCCACCUUCUGCCGCCUCCACGAGCAGUACAGCAGGGAGGUGGCCCGGCUGCGGCAGGACUGGCAGCUGAAGCAGCGUGGCCCCCGGCCCUAAGUGGUGGCUGAGCCCUGGGAACUUUCCAGGAGCUGGGGCAGGUUGCACAUGGUCGUCCUUGGUGCUGGCCCUGUCCCCUCCUCACCUCGGGGUGUGCAGAACUGGCUGUGGUGAUGAUGGACCCUGCUGUGGUGCUAAUGAGGGCUGGGCACCGAGGGACACCAGUGCUGCUCUGUGAUGGUGAAAUGGGCACCCCAUUGGGUGUGGGGUGCUCCACUCAGCACAAGCAAACUACAAACCAGCCACUGGCUGAGGCCUCUUGGAAAUCGAGCACAGCUCUGCCUCUGCUGGGACACUCGAUGCUCUGGCAGUGGGAUCACGCAUUGACAACUUUUGGAGGAGGAUUUUGAGGGGAUCUCACCCGCCUGAGUGCCCGUGUGGGUGUUCCACAGUGGAGAGCCGGCUACUGACUUCCCCUCCCGGCCCAGCCCAAGGCUGAGGUCGGCUGAGCUCUGCCAGAUCCCUCUGCUCCAGCAGGAUGUGGUUUGAAAUGAAAAUAUCAGUGAGUGCAGCCCUUCCUUAACAGCAGCAGCAGCUCCGCAUGCUCCGGGGAGCCGGUGACACCCAGCCCUGGGCAUUACACAGGGAGCAAUUGCUUCCUGCAGCCUGGAUGGUGAAUUUGGGGAAGGUCAGACCCUGGGGGAAUUCAGCAGCUGCAGGCCCUGUCUUGCUGGUGGAUAUUUUGGGACAGCACAUCAUCCCCAUGCCAGCUCACUAAGGGGAAGCAUCGCUCGUGGUGGCAAAGUGGGAACGAGUGUGUCAGCAGCAGAGCGUGAGGAAUGAUUCAUGUGCCAAACCAGAGCAAAGCUGGCGUCUCAUGCCUGUAUUUCUCUCUUACUUCCACAACAGACACCCAAGCUGCUGGCCCAGAGGUGGGGUGUCCCACGCUGGAGCAGGUGGGAGCAGUCAGGGUGUCCUGGCUUAGGGCUGGGUGGCUCCAUCUCCCUUUGCUCCCUUGGGACAGGCACAAGAUUUUUCUACAAUAAAAGUUGUUUUACAAUUUC